UCGCCGAAAGCGAGAAAUAUCGUGAAGAUGAUAAGAAAGUCACACAAAGAAUACUCGCACGAAAUGAAUUAGAAAGUUAUGCAUUUAACUUACGUAACAAACUUGAUGACGAAAAUUUUCCUAUUAAUAAACUUAAAGAUGCAAUUCAAAAAUCUAUUACAUGGCUUGAAAAAAACCAAGAGGCGAGUAAGGAGGAAUAUGAUUAUAAACAAGAAUCACUUGAAAAAAUAGCUAACCCAAUAAUGAGGCUUUUUCACGGUUUCAGUCCAGAUGGCUUCCCAGAUGAUUAUGAUUAA